CGUCUAUAGUUAUUGUACGUUAAUUAAUAUUUGCGAUUAUAUCUAGCUUAAAUAAAGAAAAAUUAUCUUUAUUCUCAUUUGAGAUUGAUCCUCGUUGCAAAAAGAGUUGUCAAAAAUGAUUGUAGAGAGAUUUGAAAAAAAACACUCAACACCUUUUUCUAUUGAUUAUUUGCUUAAUUAUAAAAAUAAUAAACUUAAUAUGGAUAAUUCAGUUUCAAACAAAUCUCUGCAGUUUUGGAAUAGAUUAAAUGAUCAACAAUGUCAUGAUCAGGCUUUUCAACAAUACAAUGUCAACAAGACAAAAUAUAAUGUUUUAGGCGGCAAACGAUCUAACGAAAAUGAAAUUAAGUCUUACAAUCAUUCAACCUUCAAUCGUCUCAAUCUAUCUCCUACUAGCUUUGAAAUAGAAAAAAACAAUCAAAACUGCAAAAUACGUUCUCUUUUGUCCUCAUUACCUUCAUCGCCAUCAUCUUUAUCUCCGUUAUCCUCCUCGACGACAUCUUCGUUAUCAUCAAAUAGUUCUAAUCAACGAUUUGAAGCAGUUGAAUUUCAAUUUGAUUUGAGUAAAUGCAUUCUUCGCAAACACAAAGCAAAUCGAAAGCCGAGGACGCCAUUUUCUGUGAAUCAGCUUCUUGCUCUCGAACAGAAAUUUAAACGUAAGCAAUAUUUAUCUAUAUCUGAAAGAUCAGAGUUAAGUGUCAUGCUACGGCUCACAGAAACUCAAAUAAAAAUCUGGUUUCAAAAUCGAAGAGCAAAACAAAAAAGAAGCAAAGAAGCGGAAAUCGAAGAGACAGCUCGAAACCAAUUUCCUCAUUCAGCAGUAAAUUAUCAUUUUUUGGAUGAAUCUUCGCGCUAUUUACCAAUUUCGUCAAAUUUAUACCCUAUUAAUAAAUCAAUAGAAUACGACGACCUUUACACAUACUCUUAAAUUAAAUUAAAAAACGUAAUUCGCCAUAAAGAUAAAGAAUUUUAGCAAAAGACUUUUGUAUAUAUUUCAUAACUCUAAUUUUAUUGCUCUAUAUAAAUAAAUAGUUUUUUCAGGAAAAUAUUUUUGUAUAUAAUUAUAAUGAACAGAAAUGAUAACGGAAA